AUGAUCCUCCAAAAUCCGUUGCAGUCCAUGGUGUCGGAGGCCUUUGUCAGAUCCACGAACGCUUGUGGGCAUUUUGCACCACCUCUUCUGCAGUUGCCGGACUACAAGGGUCAUGUCGACGGUGCCGCGGCUUAUUUGACAUCAACACUGGAUUUCCGCGAGGAGCCAGUGUCCCAGGUAGCUGCUGAGACGGCUGAGGAGGAUGCGGACGAAGAUCUUCUCCGCCUUGUUGAGCGGUGA